AUUUGAUAAGCGCACACGAUUUCAUCUGUGCUGACCUCACCAACGACAGCCACGUAGAUAGAAGUAAGUACCAAGUGAAGCACAAUUAAAGGCUCGACUAGUAGGGACGUCGUGUUUUCUUUUCUGCCACGGUUUCAUCCGACGAACCUCGACACGGUUGUAAACGGAGAAACGAAACACGAUGGUUAUCUGGUUGACGAGUUCUUGCAAAAGCAAGGAAGUGUAGCUGUAUUGGCUGUUGUGAAUAGAGAUAGUGAUAGAAUGUAAUUGGGCAGCACACGACGGCAACCCCCGAGAAAGAAUUUGAAUUUUAACGUGUAUGUUGUCUCGUUAAAACAGCACGACCUACUCUUGCUACUUUGACGUGUGACGAGCCGGAAAGAAACAGAAACCGAAGCCGAAAGAAGUAGCAUAACUACGGUAGAUAAAAAGCUGCAGAGGAAAAUAAAACAAUGGUGCGCCCCGACUUGAAUCCGUGGUAGAAGAGGAGAUUAUACAAGGACGUCCAUCGUGUGCAACAACCACUCACCAGUACGGAAGCAGAAGCUACUAGGGCGGUACAUCUUCAAGGCGUAAAAGCCGUGGCUAUCUGGUGGAAAGGAGUUUCUAGGUACUACGCGACAAGCUGUACAUCGCAGUAUCCUACGGAAAAACUCUGUCGUGUAACAAAUCAGCCGUGGUCUGGUCGAAUCAUGCAAAUGUGAAAAUAAAUGUUGUCAGGAAGACAGCGCUCGUUUGUGCAUGUAAAAGCGCUAGUACCUUUGCAUACAUUUUUCUGCUCGAUUCAUGGUUUUGGGAUUUUUGCUCUCAACCUCGAUACGAGUACGGCUGGAUUUGCACUGUAUACCACCCACGAGUAGUACAACCGGCUGGCAAUUGCGUCCGAAGAGCAGGAGCAUUGAGUCAACCACCAAAGCUCCUACGUUUCUAACCCCCCGACGGCCGUUGCUGGUGUCAUUUUCAGUGAAGACCUCGUGGAUACGGAUAGUAUCCUCUGGCAAGAAAAGGGCCAACCACAGCUGUCUUGCGUAGUGGUACUGCUAGCUGCGCAGGUCGGAAGCUAAGUAUUACGGAUCGCUCCGCUACAGUACGACACGACAGCAGUUUUGGUUCCUGCGCGACCACCAGAACAAUAAUAAUAAACCCCCGCGCAACCGCAACGACGUAAAUUCGCCGCGGCAAAACAGCUGCGAAACGACCGCGUAGUGGAUUCAUUUCCUCUAGAGAAGCGGGUGCGGGAUCGAACCAGUCGAGUGCGCAGGUGCAGUUUCUUCUUCUUCUACCCGUAGAAGCAAGUUCCAGCUAUCGUCCCAGAAAAAAAUUGACGUGGACCCCGCAUCUGGUUCGGGUCGGCAACUUCCGUCGCAGCAGGACAUUAUCGGAGGGCACUCGGCUGGAAGCUGGAAGCUGCAGAGCGUGGAGUCUCAGUCGUCCUCACAGGCGCGAGUUAAAUAAACCCACUACACUCCGACGUGCGGCGGCUUUUAAGUACUACACGACCACCUCCAGUUGCUACAACUACUAGAAGAGGUGGCUCUAUUUGCGGCACUACGGGUUGUACCACGACGCGACCGAGAAAUAUCGUCUGCGCUCCUGCUCUCGCUGGCGAGGACAGAAAGAGUGCCGCAAAAUGACGCGCGUUGGCUACGGGGGGCCAAAGAAAGUGCAUCGCAAUCACAGUAGGCUGAACAAAUUUUUCUGCAAAUUCUAUAAUUCAUCACGAUUCACGACUCUCGUCGGCGACAACUUUUCCGUAUCUAAUAUUAUGUUGAGAAUAGAUACUGAUACUUACAGCUAGAUACUUGGCUGUUGUCGUUUGUGCUGACGCCAUAAUUUCGUCUAGUGACUCUGAGUUUGUUUCAGAAUUCAGUUGUUUGGUCUUCAGUAGAACGGUGCUACUUGUGAUGCAAUGGGACGAGCAUAAGAUCGAAUGAAGGUGAUUGCGAUGGACUUUUUUUGGUCCAUAGAGGUCUUCGAGAUGUUACCAACGCGGUAAAAAUGUUGCUUUGUUUCUGCUUUGAACAAGAAUGUUAUGCAUGCAUAAUGUGCUUAAACCGAGCUUCUGCAGCAUGAAGCAGCUUUGCUUAGAAAUGAUAGCCAAGCGCGACACUAAGACUGACGUCACACCACAAACUAUCAGCUUCCACACCAGCAGGCGGGCAAUGUUGCGAAUAAAAACACAAGAAAAAGCUCGCAGAAGCAGCAACCACCAGGGCAGCACCAGAUACAACCACAGCCCGGGCAGACACAGAAGGUAAGUGGUUUGAUACAUGGAGUCUGCGCGAACAACAUUGAAAAUUCGACGUUGCUUGCGAUGCAGUUUUGCGAAAAAUUGUGCUGUUUUUUGCCAUGCCAAAUAUGAUGAAAGAAAAACCUCCGUACAGCAUUCCGUGGCAGUAGGUUCAACAAUAAACAAGCCGGAUGUAGUAGGGAGCACAGCCGGAGUAGUUGUGCACCAGCAGCACCAGGCACCAAGCCAAAGCCAGCAGAAAGAGGAGGCUCCCCUGCCGGACCCGCAAGAGGCCCCGGAGUACGCACAAAUAAUCUACGAGUACCUGAGAAAAACAGAAAACGUCGAGCGGCUGAGGGUGGUACUGAUGACUCUUUUCUCGAGCAGCUGUCGAUACAAAAAUCAACAACUGCUCAUCUUCGAUUGCUGCCUUUGAAAGCUGAAUAAAGGCGGGUUCUUUCGCAAAUAUGGGGAUUGGUUUUCCACUGUGAUCUUGGUUUUGUUUUGUUCCUUUCUUCACCUCAAUGCAUUGCGAUGCAGUGCAACGAAUUUCAGCUGCAACUUCAAUGAAAAAAAUCAAACCAGACCGACCCAGAGUUUCUGGAAAACCAGAAAGAAAUAAGUAGUCGGAUGCGGGGGAUAUUACUCGACUGGCUCGUAGAAGUGCACUACAAGUUCAAGCUGGUGCCGGAGACACUGUAUAUUAGUAGCUGUGAAGAUUUACUCAUUUUUGCUUGAUUUGAUGAGUGGGUUUAUUUCUAACUCGACGACAUCGUCGCCACUAUGUAUCACCGCACUGUGCAUGUCGAUAACAGUUGAAGUUUGAUGACCUUCAACAGGUUCUUUUGAUUCUGUAUAAUGAUAAUCUGUAGCAGAGAAGUAGAGGAUUUUUCUAGCAAACAUUCAUGAGAUGGGAGAACCUUCGAAAACUGCCAAAUAAUCCAGGUACCUCUGCAUCAACCUAAUAGACCGCUUUCUGGAUCGGGACCGCACCAUCCCGAGAAAUAAGCUGUGUAAAAUCUUCUUCACGAUCGUUUCUUCAUCCAAUUUGUCACAAUGCGCAUGGAAAAACAUGCAUCAAAAGCGAAAAUCAAAAUCUAAAUAAGCUUAAGCAUAAGCUGCAUUUUAUUCGGUGUGCACCAGCACCACAACGGCAAGUUGAUAUAGGAAACGGAUCGUGAAGAUGAUGUUUUUCCUUCGGAUACGAAAAAAGCUGCAAUUGGUGGGCGGAACGUGCAUGCUAAUUGCCUCGAAAUACGAGGAAUUUCGACCGCCAGAAGUGGGUGACAUCUGCUACAUAAUGGACAACGCCUACACACGAGAAGACAUCCUCGAGAUGGAAGUCCAAGUUCUGAACAAACUGGUACAAUUGUGAUUAUAUUUUUUUUGAAAAAUCGAACUCUUUUGCAGGAUGAGGGUGAAACAGAAUGACGCAUGGCAACUAUUUAAUUUGUCCUGCAUGGCGUAGAAGUAGAAGCCCUAGGCGUACUUCCUCUACUUUCUCCUCAGUCGUGAUACCUGAUCUAUGGGGGAUCGAAAAAAAAAAAUGCCAAAACAGAAAUUCGAAGUCACCGUGCCCUCAGCGCUGCAGUUUCUGGAGUACUUCAUCAAGAAGAUGUCAAUCAGCCGGGAGGACGACCACUUUUUCUUAGCGCAGUACCUGGUCGAAGCCACCUUGCUCGAAGUCAAGUUUUUAAAGUAUACUAACUAUGUAUAUUAUACAUGAACUAUGAAAAAAUCAACAUCGGAAUUACUUAAUAGAACUCAAUUGGCGAGAUCAUUAUACAUAAUGAUCUCGCCAAUUGAGUUCUAUUAAGUAAUUCCGAUGUUGAUUUUUUCUCCCGCAUGACAAUGCGCAAGAAUUUUUUUACGUUGAUUCUGCAUAGGAAAAAACCUUUCACACACGAUACAAAUCUAUGCCGUCGUUGCAAGUAUGGAAUUGAACGAAAGGUAUAAGCCAUCACACCUAGCAUCCGCCGCCCUGUAUCUGGCAAACCGCAUUCGGAAGCACGCCGUUCCAUGGCCCCCCGUGCUGUACUGAAGACAAUUUUCAAUAAUUUUUGAUCGAUUUGAUGAUUCUUGUGUGCGAAACAAAUCGAUGAAAUCACAUGGCGGCUCUUGUCGGUUCUGCCAGAUGAAGCUGCCACUAGGCCUUUCGCUUUCUUAUCGCACUAGGCGUUUCGGUUUCUUAUCUGCAUCAAAACUUGUUCAUCAUUUUGUUCGUGGUCAACGAUAUUUAUUGGAAAAACCCAACCUUGAAAACCAUCGCUCAGGGUCGAAUUAACCGGAUUGGGCGAGCAAGAAAGCGUGAAGCCAUUAGCGAAGGAGAUUUUCGAGAUGAUUCCGAACUUCCGAAACAAGUCCCUGUACAAAAAAUACACCAUGUAUGAGACGAGUGCACAAAAACUACUCCCCAUCGUCCCGCUCAACAUUUGAAGGGCACGAACAGGAGCUGCAACACGAGCAGUGGCAGAAAAAAUGUUGACUCUGUAUGAAAAAUCAAUGGGCGGAUCGUAGGUCUUUUCAGAUUUCCGGAGGUUUUAUUUCAGUGCGAAGAGGCAAAGAGCAGAAGUACAGGUAGAAUUGGUAUUUAUUUGCAAGAUGAGGAAGAGUCACAAGCGAGGGGUAGGAAGUUUCGGUGGGGGAGUUGUUUUGUGCGCUCGGAUAGCAUGGAGAAAUACCACGGUGUGGCCCCGACCAUACCCGCGCAGUGAGAGGUAUGAAAUAAUCUCCCGGGGAACAACGAUGAAGAGAAAGAAAUUCGUUGUUCUCAUCGGGAUGAUAGAAAAGAAAAAUUGAUAGGUUUGAUAUAAUACGUUCGCUUUUCGUAAUAUUGUUGUAGACUUUGACAUCAUCAUCAUGAUCUCGGCGAAGACUCAAUGCCGAGUAGAAGUACACCAAUCCUCAUUUCAUCAAGACAAGCUUGCUAUCACAUCUUUUCAAAAAUGAACCUGAACACUAGAGAAAUAACUGUUGCUAGACGUAAAAAUUAGUUGUCAGGAUGUUUAGCUACUAGUCGUACUAUACAAUCCUGUACAACAAAGGGCGCCGUCGGGGUAGUUCUUCUUCCUCUGCGCUCUGUUGUUCGUUGUUUUCGAAGAUUUAGACUGUACAAUGUAAAAAUGUUUCAGGCUGGAUGGCGCAUUUUAUCCGCCCUGUUGCACCUCCAACAGUUUUGUAGAUAAAAAUUUCUUGCAACUUUUUUACUAGCAACACAGAGAUCUUCGGGAAGAGAAGAAAUUCUCAACUUCUUUCGACGUUCUUGUGGCCGCUACGUAGGUUGCUUUUUAUCGACUGUUUCUGAAGAUAUUGAUUUUGUUAAAAAUGAACCUCCUUGAUGUUCUACUGUAGAAGCUAGUACAACUACCCUCGGGGCCGCGUCGAGCUCAAAUACACGUUUCUGGGGCUUUGCCCGCCCAUGCUGAGGAAGAAUUGAAUUUAUCAUCCUACGAUCACACACGUUGGCGGGGUAGUCGUAUUCAAAAAUACAAGUGGCUGUUGUACAAGUUCACAAUGGGCUUUUACAACAUACAAGAGAGUUUUAUUCUUGUUGACAGGACUUGCUUUCUUCACAGCUUUCGGAAAAAUCGAAUCAUCUUCUAGGACUUCGCGGCAGGAAGAAGGACAGGAGCUCGUCCAGCUUGCUCUAUGGAUUGCAAAUAUGUCUGGGUCUGGAAGAGCCAAACUUGUGAUGCUGCAUUUGGAUGCUAAAACAAUCUGUAUUGCAUCAGCAGCAAGAGGAGUCAAAUUUGGCUACGCUGAGAGGGCAUUUGUCAUGCAGGAUGCUCAUCGAUAGGCGCUCAAAAAAUCUGUGAUGCUAUGGCAUACAUCACAGACAUCAUGGAUCAUGGAAAAUGUGCAUGACAAACUUCUCCUCUUCCAGACCCAGACACUUUUACAUUCGAUAUGCUCAAUUAUGCCGUUAUUUGUAGUUUAUUGGAGCUAAUAAAUGACGAGACGGACUCACGACUUCACGCUGAAGUAUUGUACGAGUGCUCACGCAAGAAAAAAAUGCUUUUGCGCUAUUGAUGCCAGAGUGGCCCUAGAUAUAGAUAUGAUGUAUCUGGAUGAUGCGAUGGAAUAAUAGGCUAAAAUUGCUUUCAAACCUGUCGUCCAAAAUACAUCAAGUACAACAGUUGCUACAUACCAGUGACCACGAUGAGAACUACUUAUUUUCUUUUGCAGACCCCAGAAUAAGAACUAACACACGCCGCUGGGAGAAAUAGUAGUAGAAACAAAAAGGGAAACAGAAAUAGAAGCAGUCAGCGAGCUGGGUGUGGGGUUGCUCUUGGAAUAUUCUGAUCAUUCUGGUAUAGCUAGUGACAAAGUAUAUGAUGGCUGAUUACUUUUAAUAAAACUCUGGCUCGCGCAGGAAAUGUAGGAGUUCCACCUGUCGCAAAAGUCCACAUCUUCUUCAAUUUCAAUCGAUUACACUUCUAUUCAUCACACUAUAUUCUUGUAGCUCAAUCCUGUUGAAAAAUAGUUUCGGCAUCAAAAAUUUAUUCCCACACUACAGCUCCUCUCGCAGCUAUUGCAGCUGCGGCGUUGGUUCUUACGCAUCCUCAUGUGGUUCGAUUUUAAUCUGCGAAGGCUUCGACGCAAUACAAAAUUUACUUCAAGACAAAUUGCUGUCCUGGAGGUGUGUAGUCAAAGCAGGCGGCGACCACUUGUCUUCACUUGGCCCUAGCGCGUACCGCACCGAUUUCAUCUAUCCAGGGAAUCAAUUUUAGUACAAUUACUGCGAGUCUCACGACGAUGCGUGUCUACCUCUACUAGUACAACAGGAGAACGCCAGGCAGACGCGAUUAUUAGCGGGGAAGCGGGGUAGAAGCAAAGUGAAACAUCAUGAGUAGAAAUAGAAAAACUGACGAGGAUCAUGUGCCUCUGUCCCUAACAAAAGCAAGUUGCGAGAAAGGCAAAAAUCAUUCGAAAUUAAACCUACGAAAUUUGGAAAGAUCAUAGUGAUUUAGCCUAGUAGCAGUAAAGAAGGCUGCUCGCAAUUAGCACUAGCAGCUUUGUCGCUUUUAUGGAGUCUUACUGCGGUGAGAACUUCUACUUCCUCCACCGACGCAAUACAAAUUUCAUAGGCACGACCGUUUUACAUUUACUUAUUGGCAUCUACUCACACUUUGGCUCGCAGCGGCUUGUGGUCCAGUCGCCUGGGUGGAGCGCAGUGAGAACAAGAAGAGCAUGCGGAUAUCAAAAGGAAAAAUCCCCCCUUCCCAUAUCGAAACGAAGUUUCUGAUGCUGGAUAUGCCUACACAAAUCAGAUUUGUCUUGCUGGCGAGGACUGCAGACCCAUAGUAAGCCUGAGGAGACAGGUUUUGGCCUUGGCGCGUUGCAUGACAGACAUCUAUGCUGUAGGUGCAACAGCAUGACAAACCGCCUGUAGAAUGCAGCGGAGCCUGUGGAGUUGCCUUCAUGCAACACAGAGACGAUUUGGGGCCACAAAUCAGCAACACAAAUUUUCAAAAACGUGCCUUGUCAAUAUGGGGAGGGGGGAUUUUCCCUUUUGAUAGCGGAGCAGCUGUCGUUUUGGGCAGAAAACGACGAUGUGAGUAGGAGCGAUGGUGGAUAUCAAAAGGAAAAACCCCCCCUCCCCAUAUCAAAACGAAGUUUCUGAUGCUGGAUUUGGGUACACAAAUCAGCUUUGUAUUGCAGAGAGGCAUUGCGGACAGAUCUCCAGGCUAGACAGGGGCGGGCGUGUCUAGUUGUUUAGCAUGGCAAACGGCUCCCCUUUAGGCCCAACAGCAUCACAAACCGCUUCCAGAAUGGGGCUAAAGCUCCUGCCCUUGUCUUCUUGCAAGACAAAAAGGAUUUGUGACCUCAAAUCAGCAACACAAAUUUUCGAAGUCGUGCCUUUUCAAUGUGGGGAGGGGGGAUUUUUCCUUUCAAUAGUGGAGGAGUCAUUACCUCUUCCUAAGUAGUUGCUCAUGCUUAGUAAACUAGCCAGGCUGACGAGCUCGAUAUUGAUGGGGGUGGAAAAAUGCUCGAGCAGCUGCAGCCAGAGUCGUGUCAGCUUUGUUACGGGGAAUCGAAAUAGCACAGUUUUCCGUUUCUAUCGGCAGUGGAGUUCUAGUACUGUGCUAUUGAGUCGAUAUAAUUCUUGUUCGAUCUAUUCAUCUACGGUAUUGGUUAUCUGCAACUAUUCUCUCUAAAAAUGAAUCCAAUUUUUUUUACUAAGACAGAAAACUGACGACGUGAAGAGCAAGAUAUCGACCCUCCUGGUUCUGUGUUAUUUUAAGACAGAGUUAGGGACAGCGGCAAGAAGUGCCCCCAGUGCGCCGCCUCGUGGGUAGGAGGAGCGAGUUGGCUUGACAGGCUGUUCGUGCCACUUUCACGAUAGAACAGCAUGUGAUGUUUUUCUUUGCUGCACGUUGUAGGUUGAUUUCGUCGAGGCCCUGCUUGCCAAGUGCAAUGUAGCUUCCUUUAGUGCCUACUCUUUGGGUAGUCGAAACAUCAUCGUCGCCGCCCGUUUUGUCCAUGUCAUCGCAUCCAUGUUGGGUGAUAGAGACACCACAUCGACGGCGCUGUCGGUGCCGCCCGGCUUGAUUUCAUUUUCACAGCGUUGACAUCGGAGAAUCAGUUUGUGCAUGGCAGUUGCCGCCCGUCGUUUGUACAAUAAUCAGGUGGGUCGUGUCUUUCAACUCUUGUGCGUCACGGUUUUCGUCUGGCUUCAUAACCGUAUUGAAAUUUGUUCGCUUAUGACCUCAUAGAUAUUACUUCUUGCUGAUGUUGUGUGGCUUAAAAACCUCUUACUAUAGCAAGAUCCUUCUGUACGCAAAAAUUUAGCCGAAAUUUUUUGUUGAUCUUUGCACGACUAUAUUUACAGAUUCGUUUCUUAUCGCAGAGCCGACGUGCUGUACUGUCUGUGGCGCGGCUGACUUGUUUCGAUAGCUUCGUCCGGUAGGAAGAUGCAAACCCAUCCGUGGACGACAAAAAAGCACAACUCUUUCUAGAUGUUGAACCAAAUAAGAGUAGAUGAUUUGGGGCACGCAGAAGGAGCAGAACACGACCGAAAUUGAAUUUACACCAAAAUUGAUCUUCCCACGAACGUGGUUAAUAAUUGUUACGGCAAUUGGUCAGGCGGUGGACGUAGUACGUGGACAGCAGCCAGUACCACACCGUCGUGUAAUCGUCGGCAAUCGUCGGCGAGGAAUUGCCC